UGGUUAACCUGGCACACAUAUGUGGCACUCUACCACGCACAUGUAUUUGAUUGAAAAUGACAAAGAAUACACAAAGAAAUACUGCAGUUCGAAGAAUGAGAGAGAAAGGGGGAGAGGGUGAAGGACGCGCUGCCUGGAAGCUGAUUGGCCCCCUUGACAAGGCGCUGUUGAUUCAGGCGUCCACCUUGCAAAAAGAUAAGAUAAAGGCCAUAUAAAGUAGCAGAGAUGCGCAUCCAUCCCUCACUGUCAGCUGCACAUAUACAGUGUCUGCUGCCGCCGACUACAAGAGGAUUCACAAGGACGACUGGCUGUCUCUUUAUACAAACAUCACCUGUCAAGAUGUCUCCUAAAGUGCCGUGCGCCCCCAAUCACCUGCGCACAUCCAGAGACGCAGUGACGCUCAACAGGUUUCCUCAGACUGUUCGCAGCCCCGUUAAUGAAUCUGGUGACCCCUCAGAAGACUCCGGUGAAAGCCUGACGCGAAAACCACAGCCUGUUACCGGAGACGAAGCGUCCUCAGUGACAAAUUUAAAACACAAAAGCAGAUGUGGGCGGUCUGGACAUCGGGGCAGGCGCAGAAUGAAGGCCAACGACAGAGAGCGCUCCCGGAUGCACAACCUCAACUCCGCUCUGGACGCGCUGAGAAGCAUCCUGCCGGCGCUGCCCGAGGACGCCAAGCUGACCAAGAUCGAAACUCUGCGCUUCGCCCACAACUACAUCUGGGCUCUGACCGAGACUCUGCGCAUGACCGACCAACACGGACACACGCCGCAAUACCUGCCGGCGGCGCCUGAUCUGAGCAGCCCAACAAGCGUUUCAUCCGCAGAGUCCGGUUAUGGGACUUCAGCUGACUUUGACCCAAGAGACUGUUACACUUCCGCCCAUCAAAUGAAGUACACGAUUUUAUCGAGAGAUCAAUCCAGUGUUAUCCCCGUUACCUUUUAUUUGAAGUCAUUCUGUGGUGAAAAGUAUGUCAAAAACUGCUGGCACUGUUGACUUCUCAUGAUCACGACUAUCUUUUUAUAUGGAACUCUGAAUGGCUGGCCACAUGACACAGAACAGCGCUGCUGCACUGCUCUCCGUCUAUGGGUGUUAAACUUUUAGGCAUGUUGCGCUUCUAGACACAUAACUGAUCAGUGGUGUCAGAGCAGGAGUUUUCCCCAUCAGCAAUCAGGGGCAAAAAAAAAAAACAACCUGCAGUGACAUCACUGAUUGGGAUCCUAAUUGGCCAAAAACUUAACAUGCUUCUGCCCAUACAGCUCAGUGCAGCAGCGUGUUCUAGAUUCGCUGUAAAUGUAUUCUUUAAAAAGCACUUAAACUGAGUUCACAAAAGAAAAUCUGUACUUUGCAAAGUAAACCUUAACUGUCAUUUGAGG